AUGUCAGACAAUGACCAAGAAGAGGCCAUGGACACUUCGGCCAGCAGCCAGCAGGAUGCUUUGACAUCUCCUGACGGGUGUGCUGAGAACAAAGAAGAAGUUCAAGUCACUCUCUCAGUCGCGUGGGCAGAGGAUUUUCAACAGCAGAAAUGUAAAAUUGAACUGCAGAAAAUUCUUCAGAGUUGGGUCAACAACAUAAUCAAGAAAUACCGUGGAGAUUGCACAGUGUUAAGUGUCUCAGAAGAUGGGAGUGCUGCGAUAAGUCUUAAACCCGCUUCAGCCCUGAGUGAGCUUCAGAAACUAAGUGGACAACAACUGAUGGGAAGAGAUGGAAAAACAGUCAAAAUAAUGUCUGUUUAUUUGACACCGCGAGAGGUUAAGACACCAAAGGAAGCUUCAGUAAAGCUUCCUCCUUCAUCUGUGUCUGAGCAAAAUAAUGAGAAGGUGCAACCUAUGGUGCAGCCUAGUGCAGCUUCUGCAGCAGGAGGGGAGCAGUGCACUUGUUCUGUGAACCAUUUCUGGUACGUGAACCACAUCUACAAGGAGGAAAUCAAGCGUAUAGAGAAAGAGAAUGGAGUUAAAAUCAUGGCAGAAGUUAAUGUGACAUUUCAAGGAGACCAGAAAGAUGGAGACCCACAAAAAGCUCUCUCUGAGUUCACAAGCCUUGUCCAGAAGGACUUGGGUAAAUCAGAUGUCUCAAUCAUUCCUCUCAAGGAAGUGAAUCCAGAAGAGUGGAAGGACACAGUGAAUAUCAUCCAGAGAAAGGACAACAAGCUUUUGCUUACUGUGUCCUCUGAAGAAAUGACCAUAUGUGGGCCAAGACAAAGUCAAGAUGCCAUCAGAAAGUCCUUAACCGCCACAACAAAUACCAGCACUUGUUUUGGAGAGUCUACAUGGCCGUCUCAAGACACAUCACCGAACAUUGGCAUGAGCAUCAAAGACCCUCUUGUCAAUGUUGGACUCACCAUGGAG